UGUUUGAUCAUGUAUUCUCUGAUGCUCCCCUUCUUCUACUGUCCCCAAUCCAUCUGCUGAUAGAAGAGACCCUUGGGGGGCAAGUUGCACAUGCUCAGUUUGGUUUUUUUUUCUCUUGGGAGAGUGCAUGUGAUCAGCACAGGGCCAAUCAGCACUGUCCAGACAGAGGGUCAAGGGUUUCACAUCCUCCUAGAGCAGAAAGAAAGCUCCUCCUACAAGCUUUAACCAGUACUCUGCUUAAGUCAUAAGACUGCGCUAACUGCUGAUGAGAAAAGGUAUUUAGCAGUUUGUAGUUACUAA